AUGCAGACAAAACUAACCAGCACCCUCCACCUCCUCAUCCCGCGCCUCCGCCUCCUCCAAAAAAAAGACACCGCCAGCAGCGUCAUCCAGCGCCGCGACCUGUCAAGCCUCCUAGCCGAAGGCCGCGACUCGAGCGCCCGCAUCCGCGUCGAGAAUGUGAUCGCCACCGACACCGCCGUCGAAGCCAUGGAGAUGGUCGAGCUGUACUGCGAAUUACUUCUGGCGCGGGCGAACGUGCUCGACCAGGCCGCGUUCGGGGAGAAGGGCGCGCAGGCCCGGAAUCGCGCGAGACUGGCCGCUGCCGCUGCCGCUGCCGCUUCUGAGGAGUACAUCGACGCCGCCCUCGACGAGGCCGCGGCGGUGAUCUUCUACGCGUACCCGCGCUUCCCGCACGACGUGCGCGAGCUCACGAUCCUCCGGAAUCUGCUGGGUGAGCGGUGGGGCAAGGAGUUCAUGGCGCUGGCGCAGGAGGAUGCCGUGCCGGGCGUGCGCGUGCCGGCCCGCGUGGUGAAGGUGCUGCGCGUGCGCGCGCCGUCGGCCGAGUUGGUGGAUUGUUAUCUGAGGGAGAUUGCGCGGGCUUAUGGCGUUGCUUGGGGGGGUGGGGAGAAUCUUGUUGAGGGGGGUGGGGAGGUGCCGACGAUUUCCGGGUUGGAUGGUGGUGGUGGUGAUGGCGAUGAUGGUGAUGAUGCCCCCGGCGAUGGGGAUGGGGAUGGGGAUGAUCCGUCGACACCGACACGCCGACAGCGCUCGCCGAUCGAGAGCGAAGCGCGCCGGGCGUCGGAGACCCUCGCGCUGAAUCAGGCGACGCCGCCCAGGGGCUGGCAGCAGGGCAAGAGUUUCGUGAGUGUGGCGCCGCCGGGGCCCACGGUGGAUAAUUUGCAUCCUCGCGUGAGGGUGCCCGGGGAUGCGGAUUAUCCGCCCUCGACGACGACGACGGUGGGCGAGGCUGGAGUGCCUGCCAGUGGGGCGAAAGCGAAGAGUGACAUACCGGAGUUGGAUGAGUUGACGAGGCGGUUUGCUGCGCUGAGGCGGUAG